AAGUUGCUCAGUGCCGCCGCCACUUGCUUCAUUUCUCACUCAGUUCUGAGUGUCAGAGAGAGCUUGUGCAUAGUUGCCGAUAUGACGGAGACCGCAGCCGCUGAAGCGGCUCCUCAAGCCGUCCCCACCGCUCAAACUAAGGCUCCCAAGAAGAAGAAGGCGCCCGCCCGGAGCAAGGCAGCCGGUCUCAAGCUGGGCGAACAGAUCGACAAGCUUGUGGCGGAUUGUCGCGAUCGCAGAGGGUUGUCUUUAUUUGCGAUAAAGAAGGGUCUGGCCGCCAACAGCGUCGAUGUGGACAAGUACGGCCACCUGAUCAGGAUGUGCAUCAAGAGGAGAUUAGUAAACGGUUUACUGGUCCAGAACAAGGGCUCCUUCAAGACCGGCAAGGGAGAAGCGGCCGUGAAAUCAGUAAAGAAAGCGAAGGUUUCAGCAGCCAAGACAUCCAAGAGCAAGAAAACCACGACCAAGAAAUCCCCGACCAAGAAAUCACUGGCAAAAAAAUCUACUCCCAAGAAACCAGCGGUCAAGAAAGUUGGGGCCAAGAAACCAGCGGUCAAGAAAGUUGGGGCCAAGAAACCAGCGGUCAAGAAAGUUUCCACUAAGAAAGUUGUGGCCAAGAAACCAGCGGCUAAACUAACGGCGGCGAAGAAAGCAUCGCCCAAGAAGGCGGCGACGAAAACCCCCCAAAAGGCAGCAAAGAAGCCGGUAAAACGCCAGGUGAAGGCGAAAUCCAAGAAGGCAGCGACCAAAAAGUGAAAUAAAAAGCACUGUCUGUAAAGACCAGAACCCAACGGCUCUUUUAAGAGCCACCCA